CCAUCGUUUUUCUGUCAAAUUUGUUUGAUUUCACAUGAAACAAUGUCUCGUCUACCGGCCAUCGUAUCAUCAGAAGGAUAUGUCCCCGGAGUUAACGAGCCCGAACAAAUGAUUUGCCAGUACCUACAUAUGACCGGUUCUAUGGGAUGUUCUUGGUUCGGAUGUGAUGUUUCUACCUUCAGUUUACCCCUUUUGAUGCUUCAGCUCAGUAUGAUAUUCAUCGUCUCGCAUACCACCUUCUUCCUGCUCAAACCCCUACGACAAAGUAUUCUCUCUUGCCAACUUAUCGUAAGAAUUUAUAUACAUGCAUCCAUGCUUUCGUUUCUGAAAUCUCUUUUUGAUCAUGCCUUGAUUCGUCUGUUCCUUCCAGGGUUGUAUUGUUUUCAUCUGGUUCGUAAGACUCGACAAUCGCCUCCUCAACAAACUGUUCCCGGAAUCCGGCAAGUUGGUUCUUGACACCGUCGCCAGCUUUGGGUUCAUGCUGCAUGUUUUUGUCGUCGGAGUUCAGAUUGACACGAAUAUCUUGAAGAGUGUGCAUAGGCACAUGGUGCUCAUUGGUUGCAUGUCCUUUUUUCUUCCGUAUGCGGUUUGUAUAUUAUGCAUUGUGCCAUUGCCUAAUCUGAUCGAACUUGACGAAUUAAGCCUCCAUACUCUUCCAUUCGUCGCUGCUUUAACCUCCAUGACAACAUUCCCGGCUGUCACCUCCACUCUCUCUGAUUUAAACUUGUUAAAUUCCGAUCUUGGUCGAUUAUCUUGUAGCACAGCUUUAGUUACCGAUUCCUGCAGCUACGUCACAACUUUAGCUUUGACUACGAUUGGUGUAGCUUUGGAAAGAUCAGAAUGGAAGGCGUUGACCAAUAUCUUCUAUAUCAUUUGUUUUUUGUUCACCAUUUGUUUUAUAGUUCGGCCAUUUAUAUUGUGGAUGGCGAAGAGAAUUCCUGAAGGUCAGCAGAUAAAAGAGAGUCAAUUUGUUAUGGUGCUUGUGGCAGUUUUGCUAUGUGGGUUUCUAUCAGAGUGUUUGGGACAAAAUGCUUCGUUUGGUGGAUUCACGAUGGGUAUAUGUGUGCCUGAUGGACCUCCGUUUGGUUCGGCUAUGGUGAAUCGAGUUGACUGGAUGGCGACUUCCAUUUUAGUUCCAGCCAAGUUUGCAAUCUGUGCGUUUAAGGUCAAUCUAAGGUCUCUUGGAGGUGAUAAUGCGUUAGCUUCUGCAAUCACUGAGGAUGCUUUUCAUUUCGCUAUGAUCAUGUGUACCAAAGGCAUCAUUGAUGUAGCUGCCUUCUCGCUUAUACGAUCUAAUCGGGUGGUAACAGAACAAGGAUACUCUCUUCUUAUACUCAACAUGCUACUGGUGACAGGAAGUACGAGGUUUCUUCUAUGGCAUUUUUAUGAUCCAUCGGCAAGAUACCAAAGCUACAAAAGAACUAGCAUCUUGGAUAGCGAACCAGAUGAUUAUCUUCGAAUGGUGGUUUGCAUUCACAAUGAAGACAAUGUUCCAUCGAUCAUAAACCUUUUACAGGCAUCUAAUCCUUCAAGACAUCAACCUAUAGAAGUUAUCACAAUGAAUCUACUACAGCUCGAAGGUCGAGCUUCCGCCAUUUUAGUCCCCAGCUCCGAAGUCAAAAAGAUCCCAUCAGCCCAAACUCGAGUCUUUCAAGUUGGAAAUGCGUUCAAUUACUUCAGGCAACGUAACCGCAACUCUGUUGUAGUCGAACAUUUUGUCUCAAUGGCACCAUAUCGUACCAUGCAUGAAGAUAUCUUCACUAUCUCCAUUAACAAGUGCGCUAACAUUAUUAUCGUUCCAUUUCACAAAUGUUGGGGUAUUGAUGGAACUAUUGAUGCUACCUUUCCUGGAAUUAGAUCAGUCAACCUAAAACUCAUGGAGAAAACACCUUGUUCGAUCGGCAUACUUGUGGAUAGAGGCCAGAUCGGAGGACCUAAAUCUGUGUUAACCAGACGAACGGAAGUCUUCCAUAUUACCCAACUUUUCCUCGGUGGUGAAGACGAUAGAGAAGCACUUGCAUUAAGUUGUCGAAUGGCGCAACACCCGUAUGUAAGUUUGUUGGUGGUUGUGCUCCGGCCGGCGAAUGCUGACGUAGACCAGACACCAGAUAUGUUACACGAGAAGAAACUGGAUAAUGAGAUGAUAGAUCGAUUUCGUAUGGAGUGUAAAGGACGAGAUAUCUUUAUUCAACAGGAGGUGGUAGACGAUGGAGUACAAACAGUGCAUUUGCUGAGAGCAAUGGAAGAGGGUUGUGAUUUGUUUAUAGUUGGUCGAGCACAUUCUCUUUCUGGUUCUAAGUUAACGCAUGGGCUAUCGGAGAGACCGCAGUGCCCUGAACUGGGGCGGAUUGGAGACUUGUUAGCUUCGUCGGAGUUUCAGUUUUCUGUUUUGGUGGUGCAAACACAGCCGCUGGAAAGAAUUGAUUACGAUUGUGAGCAGAUUGUAUUUGGUAAAUGAUGUUAAUGAUGAAAUACUAUAGAGAUUGAUCAUUACUUGACUAUUUUGUCACUUAAACUGUUCAAAUCACUUAACGCCAUCUAGGGGAUUGAACGGGAUGCAUUUCUGGGUGGGCCCAAAAAAAAGAGGAGUUGGCCAUUGAUCAUGAAUGAUGGACCCAUUUUUAUAAAUCAAAUAAAAAUUCAUUUGUUUUCUUCCAAUGUUGUUUUUUUUUUUUUUUCUCUGGGGAGGAAAGUUCUCUAACGAUGGUUUUCAAGUCAGCGUUCAUAUACCGAUUAAUUUCUCGUUGCGAACAUGAGACUAUGCUUCAUUGUCUUGAAGUCAUUACAUGCGAACUUUCAUGGCCAUAUGGGCUUAGUAGUGUCAGGAUUUGAACAUGAGUCAAUAGGUUAUUCAUCAUAUCUUACAUAUGUCUUACCGAGUCACCACAACCUAAGUGAACAGUGAACAAAUUAUAUUAGAAGAAAACAGAAAAAGCUUAAGCAAGUUCCUCAAGCAAACCUAUCAGAAAACAUUUGAAAUGGGAAACAUACACCAACUAUGCCAAUCAAGCAUUUUUAAGUUAGAUUUAUGAGCAAUUCUAUUAAAGUUGCAGGUAAUAAUGUCAUCCGAAAAAAAAUUAAAAAAAAAUAAUAAUAAUAGA